AUGCGCUACCAACGAGAAGAGGCAGCUCCCAAAGUGGAGCUGGUAGCAGUCGCAGGACCUGUUAUAAACGACGACUCCAGCCCUACCAUGCAGAAGUUACUGGAACAAAACCCCGCCUUGCAGAAGUUCCUCGAACCAAAUCCUGUCUUGCAGAAGUUCCUGGAACGCAUUUACAACAGCUAG